AUGUAUGUCAAGGAUGCAGAUAAGGAAAUAAUAAAAUUGCUGAAAUCUAAUGGACGUCUUGUGCACCAAGGAACAGUGAGACACAGUUAUCCUUUUUGCUGGAGAUCAGAUACUCCUUUGAUCUACAAAGCUGUUCCCAGCAUCUUUAUAAGAGUAGCUGAAGUUGCACCUAAACUUCUUGAGUGCAACCAACAAACAUAUUGGGUUCCUGAUUUUGUGAAAGAGAAACGGUUUGCUAAUUGGUUACGAGAAGCCAGGGAUUGGGCAGUAUCCAGAAAUAGGUAUUGGGGAACUCCCAUUCCAUUAUGGGUCAGUGAUGAUGGGGAGGAGGUUGUUUGUGUUGGAAGCAGAGAUCAGUUAGAACAACUGACUGGUGUUUAUGUCACUGAUCUUCACAGGGAAAGCAUUGAUCACCUGACAAUUCCUUCAAAUCAAGGUAAAGGUGUCCUUCACCGUGUUCCUGAAGUGUUUGACUGUUGGUUUGAGAGUGGCUGUAUGCCUUAUGCUCAAGUUCACUACCCAUUUGAAAACAAAAAAGUAUUUCUUGAUAAUUUCCCUGCUGAUUUUAUUGCUGAGGGAAUUGACCAGACAAGAGGCUGGUUUUACACGCUGCUCGUUAUUUCAACACUCCUCUUUGGAAAGCCGCCUUUUAAGAACCUGAUUGUCAAUGGCUUGGUUCUUGCUGAAGAUGGAACAAAAAUGAGUAAACGCAAGAAGAAUUAUCCUGACCCAGUAAGCAUUGUCAACAGCUAUGGUGCUGAUGCCCUCAGAUUGUACCUGAUCAACUCCCCUGUGGUACGUGCUGAAACUCUCAAAUUCAAAAAGGAGGGAGUCCGUGAUAUUCUCAAAGAUGUCUUCCUGCCAUGGUAUAAUGCUUACCGUUUCCUUAUGCAAAAUGUGGAACGUUUAGAACGGGAGGAUGGUGUGAAGUUCUUAUAUGACCAGGACUCUGUAAAACCUUCAUCAAAUUACAUGGACAUUUGGAUCCUCUCUUUCACACAGUCCCUUGUCAAGUUUGUGAGAGAAGAAAUGGCAGCUUAUCGCUUGUUCACUGUGAUUCCACGUUUGGUCAAAUUUGUUGAUCAACUGACCAACUGGUAUGUCCGUAUGAACAGGAAAAGGUUAAAGGGAGAAGGGGGUUGUCAAGAAUGUUUAUCUGCCCUGGAGACCUUAUUUGGGGUCCUCUUCACAAUGACCAAAGUCAUGGCUCCAUUUAUUCCUUUCCUCACAGAACAUAUGUACCAGAACUUGCGCCACCUGGUGGCCAAAAAGAAAGACUCAAAAGAAGAAACAAGAAGCAUUCACUUCCUUUUAUAUCCACAAGUACAAGAAAGUCUCAUCAAAACUGAUGUUGAAAAAGCUGUUCUCAGAAUGCAGUCUGUUAUUGAAUUGGGCCGAGUUGUUAGAGACCGCAAAACUUUACCCCUGAAGUAUCCGCUGAAAGAAAUUGUUGCCAUACACAAAGACCCAGAAGCCUUAAAUGAUAUCAAAUCAUUAGAACCAUAUAUUUUGGAGGAACUGAAUGUGAGACAACUGACCAUUACAAGUAAUAAAGAGAAGUAUGGUGUGUACCUGACAGCUGAACCUGACCACAGAACCUUGGGUACAAAGUUUAAGAAACAAUAUAAAGACCUGAUGGUUGCAAUAAAGGGAUUGACUGAUGACCAAUUGGUCCAUUAUCAAGACACGGGAACAGUUGAAGUCCUGGGAAAUACCUUGACUGAAGGAGAAUUACAUUUGAUUUAUAAGUUUAAUUCAAAUAAUUCUGAUUCCAACAGUUCUUAUGAGGCCCAUUCAGAUGACCAGAUUCUUGUUCUCCUUGAUGUGACUCCAGACCAAUCGAUGCUGGAUGAAGGAAUUGCACGAGAAGUUGUUAACCGUAUCCAAAAAUUACGCAAGAAAGCACACCUGGUUCCAUCAAACAGCAUAACCAUCUUCUACAGAGCAAGUCCAUAUCUGACGGAUAUCAUAAAAAAAUAUUCAGAUUUCAUUUACACAACUAUCAAACAGCCAUUGCUGCCUAACUCGUCCAGCUACCAAAAAUCUGAUAUCAUCAUUGAAGAAAAAAUGCAGAUCAAAUCUGAUGAUUUGGAAAUGAUUAUUGUAAAACGGCAGGAAUCUGACAGCAUCCCAAGUGAUCUUCCAACAGCCGCCCCGGUACAAAAUGGUGUUGUUCCCACAUGCAAAUUUGUCAACCUGGAGUUAUGUGGCAUGACCACAAAUGAGGGCAGGCGUGGUUCUCGAGGUACCUUGCUGUUGGAGAACCCCCGUGGUUGCUAUCCAGUCAAAUAUAAAGAACUUGUGAAACAGAUCCAGAGUGUAUUUGGCUUGAGAGGCCGGGAUAUUUCUGUUUUCUUGGACCCCACAUUGACUGAUGAAUUGAAACCUCAGCAUGUCACUGAUUUUCUCAAUUCCCGGACACUUUACGUGGGACCCAAUAAAUCCACCUCAUCUUCAAAUCCAGUCCCCAAGCACUCAGUAACAUCACCGAUUUGCCAUUUUGCCAAUGUGGAACUAGUUGACAAUAAACCAUCCAAUGGAAAGAAAGGCACCAUUCUUCUGGAAAACCCUCAGUCUACUUUCUUCAGCCUAAAACAACUGGAAUCCCAAGUGAAAAGUAUAUUUGGCUUGAAUGGUAAGAAGAAGGUCAAGCUCAGUACAACAGCUGAUGGUAAUUCUCCUGUGAAAGAUGUUGUUUCCAGUGGGGAGGAGGUGCGCAACUUGCAUUCAUCAUCAUUGUAUGUUUCACUGCAGUCAUGA